AUGCCAUGCCAUGGCUUACGCUCACGUUUCCGGUCACGAAGCCGUGGACGUCGAUCGCGUCGAAGCAGUGGAAGUCGAUCGCGUGUUACAAGAAAGCGAUACAUUUCACGAUCACCCGUGCGUAGUCGCCGUUAUCGUACACCAUCGUCGAGUACGUCAUACAGACUGUAUCUGAUGACAGACAGUGAAGGCAAACGACCAAGACUGCGUCGAUCAAGCCGACGUAGAGCAAGUCCACGCAGAUCACGUCCUCGUUCACGUAGUCGUCGUUCUUAUUCACGCAUCCGCCGCUCACUUUCCCCCUACUGGUAUCGUCGCAUUCGUCAAUCGAGCCCUCGUCUCCGUCGUCGUCGUUCGAAGUUUGUUCGACGGCAACAACGUCGACAAACGCCUUCCAUCGAAUUAUUUGUCCGCAAACGACGGUAA